CAUUGUGGCUGUUUCAAGAUAAUAGUGUCAGCUCAAGGCCUGAAUCCAACAUUUCCUACACUGUCCCCUUUACUUCACUUUAAUUUCUCGUGUCCUCCUGCUGGCCUUUUUGCCUCCUUUUUCUUGUGUAUCCUUUUCUACUCUUCUAUUUCUGCCGUCUUCGGGGAUGUCUGAAUAUUUUUUUUUUAAAGUGACCCCUUAGAGGGAUCCUCUGGUAUUUUAAUUUGUGGUUUCUUUCAUCACAUUUUGCCUGUAGCUCGUCACCUAUUUUGAAAUAGCUUCCAUGUCGGAGACUCAUUUAGCUGAGAAAUGUCUAAAGCCUUUUUUUUCCCCCACUGUGCAAUAACAAGAAGGUGCUCGAGACACAGACGGAAGCUGACUUAUAGACGUCUUACUUUUAUACUUUUAUGUUGUUUACUUAUUUAUUUAUGUGUAGGGGAUUGUCCUUUUUGCAGCUGUUGAAUUAUUUUCAUUGCUAGACUACAAUCACAGUGACCUGAAAGCUACAUUUUGUAUGACGCCUGUUUGUAUUUAUAUCUUAUAAGUACACGAUUCACUUACAGCUUGUUUUCUAGUUUUCUUUCUGUCUCUAAUUCUUUGUCUUUUAGUUGUCAGAAGCCAGAGAUAAGACGAUUGAGCGUCUGAAUGGAACAGUAGAAUACAAAGCGCUAAAAGGCAAAGACCCCUCCCCUGUUGAACUCGUCAAGAAGAUCGAGCAGCUGGAGGUGAAUCUAGCAGAGCGGGAGAGGCAGGUGCUGGAAAAAGAACUCCUCGUGGACCAGUUGACCCGGCUCUCGAAGCCGCUCAGCGAGCAGGCGGAGAGCUGCCAGCAGGACAAACUCUCACUGGCAAAGAAGCUGAAUGAGCUCCGAGCUCACAUAAUCGACACCAACCACCGCAUGAUGGCCGCCACCGCCGAACUUUCCAUGAAGCAAGCUGUCACUCUGGCUCUGCAGCAGGAGAUCAAAGAGAAAGAGCUGCAGAUGGACAGGUGCCAGCAGCAGCUGGAGCAGGGCCUGCCACCGUGCCCCGAGAUGGAGGAGGAGUGGAAGAGGAUGCUUAGAGAGAAGAAGAGGAGACAGAGGAACAAAGAGGAGAGAGAGAGGCUGGCUGAAGAAGUCGAGUGGACCCAGUUGCCUAAUGGAGAGUACACCACAGCCGAAAUUCGCCCCAACGCCUACAUCCCUGAGAAUGACACUCUCCCGCUGCCGAAACCCUAUGGGGCCCAGGCCCCCUUCAAACCCUCCCAACCCGGUGCCAACAUGAGACACAUCCGCAAACCAGCGCUUAAAUCCUUAGAGACCUAGAAUACAACACAAAUAUAUUCAUAAAGUUCAAAGUCUUGUUUUGGUUUGUCCUUUAAAUACAUUUAAUUUACACUUGACAAAUCAAACUCAAUUAUUUUCCAGUGUAUUGCAGUAAUUUAGCUUUUUUUUUAUAUCCCUUUUUUAAACUCACUUUCCUGCAUACUGCUGCUGUUUGUGUCAUUAGGGAGCAACUCUCGCAGGCUGCAUCUGUUUGUAAUUUGGUUUCCCUUUUCAAAUUUACUGGCAAGAGCUUGUUUACACUCUUGCUUGCUGUAACACCAAAUACUGUAGAUGAGUACAAGGCAAAACAGAGUACAGGGGGGAGAUAAAAUGUUUGAGUAUUUUGUUACAUCAUGUCCAGGUGAUGUGUUGUUGUGGAUUUAUUUCGGCCCUUAGCAACAUGCAGGUUUCCUCUUGGUUCAUUAGGUACUAUAAAUUUGUUCUUUAGAGACACUGCAAUAUUUCAACAUCUCUGUCAGUCUUGUUGCCGUUUUCAUCCCCCGCACUUUUAAUCUUGCAGAAGGUUUAAGCUCUAAGCUAGGCUAAGACUGCCAGAAUAACGCCUGAAAUGAUGAAUGUAAAUAGAGAAAGAAGAUUGGGCAAUGAAAGCGCACAGAGGAUGACAAGUGAGAGGAGAAUGUCAAUGAGGAGGAACAGGCAAUGGCAAUCUAAAAAGGGACUAAAACAGAUAAAGAGUGCAGCUGUAAAUGGGGUGGAAAGUUCAGAGUCGGUUACUCAUGAUCAUGUUUUGCGAGAUUUGUGAGCUCUGUUUUCGCUGGGAACCCAGUUUAUUUAAGGGGGAACUCGUCUGUGGUUGCCAUAGGCUACAAACUACUUCUGAGUGCAGCUGUGGAUGCUAAAGGUUUUGUUUUCUCAUAAUAAACAAUAAGCUCUCAGCUGUAAUAGGCUAAAUGCUGCAAUGCUAUUCAGUUAGCUUAAAGUAAUCAAUGAACACUCAGAAAAGUGAGAU